AUGAGUAUGUUAGCGAGGUCGAUUAAUGAUGAAUUUUCAGAUUACGAUGAAGAAGAACAGGAAGACGAAGACGAGAUAGAAGUCGAUAAAAAGCAUGUCAUUGAGGAAAGCUUUAAAGAAAAAAUAUACGGAGAAGGAAUAGAUGGAGGAGUCCCUUCGAACUGGCUCAAUACACCGGCCACGAGUCGGGGAACGACAUCGUACACCAAGAAGUAUGGUAUUGGGGCCAAGUUAAUGAUGAAAAUGGGAUAUGUGGAAGGAACUGGGCUAGGAUCAGAUAAUAGAGGUAUAGUGAAUCCAAUUGAAACGAAAUUGAGACCUCAAGGACUAGGAGUUGGUGGCAUUAAAGAAAAAAUUCACGAUUCGGAUGAAGCUAUGAGUUCGAGUGACGAAGAGAAACAGGAGAAACAAGAUAAAUUAGAGCCUCAGAUAGAUAUUUUUGAAUUAAUUGAAGAUUUGGAAUUGAAAGGGGCAGAGGUCCCAAUGAAAUAUAAAGAGUUGUCAGAUAAUAUUGCGAAGCAAACUAUACGACAAGGGAACCAAAACGAAUUGAAGGAUGCUUACGAGAAACUAAAUAGAAUUAACAAUGAAUUGGAAAGUGUUAUAAAGGAUGAAAGGUUCCAUGGGUUUCAAUUGAAGGAAAUCGAAUCACGCAUGAGUUCACAAAAUGAAGAAUUACUUCAAACGGAACGUAUCGUGGAUUUAAUAGAGGCAUUUAAUAACGAAUAUACUUCGAUUUCUAAUGAAGAACAAAAAAUUAGUUUAGUUUCAGAUACCUUGAAAAAGUUGGCAAAUGAGCCAUACUCUGCGUUCAAAGGAAUUAGGGAAACAUUUGCUUCAAUAGUUUCACCAAUUGUGUCUGAAUUGUUCCAAAAGUAUUUUGAAGAGGCCGUUGAUCCAAACCAUUUACUUAUAAUUAUAUUAUCGGAUUGGGCUUACAUUUAUAGAGAAAUUGAGAUAAUUGAUUUGAAUCAAUUGGGCCAUUGGGAUUCUUUAAUUUACUCUAACAUUAAACAGAAUUUGAAAGCUAUCAUUGAUGAUGAAACAAAGAACGAUGAGGUACACGCUCUUCUUAUGGAUCUUUUGCAUAUAUGGAUAAACGCUCCUGUCUUGAUAAACCCAACCUUGGCUAUAUCCAAUAAUUUAGCUAACGAAGUGAUAUUGCCAUUUCUUAAUAAAAAAUUGGAACUAUGGUUACCUGGAAAAGAUCCAAAUAAGUCACCUCAUAAUUUUAUCAUGGAGUAUAUUUCUUUGUUAUCAUCAGAUGAGUCACUGACAAUAGGAAAGACGUUGAUUCAGACCGUUUCGGAGAAAUACUUAAAUUUUGUAAUGCAUGGAAGUGGAAGUUCAUUCUGGGAAGAAUAUUUGAGUACCGAAAAAAGCAGCGUGUAUUACGAGGGAAGCAUAGUUGCAGAGUUGACACUCUUAUUGGAUGUUUGGAUUAUAAUUUUCGAUGAGAUACUAGGCGAGAAACUGGGCUCAGAUAUCCAGAAUGCAUUGAAGAUGUCCUUUUGCACUUUCAUGUCUACUCAUGAGGAAUUUUCAUGGCUUGGAUCUAAAUUAGAAUUUACAAAACUAGAGCUUGUUUUUCUGUUGAUUUUCAAGUUCAAGCAAUGUCAAUUAAUGAAUGAACAACAAACAAUAGCUCUUUUGCAAUUCAAAUUCUUUAACCCCUGGAUCAAGACCCUAGUUCUGUGGUUGCAACAGAUUAACUACAGCAGUUUACAAAUAUCACAGUGGUAUAGAAUGUGGUACGACUGGUUUUACAAUUUGGUCAAGGAAUACAAUAUUACAUCAUUAGUAAUUCGUAUGGUUGACUGGUAUUUCAAUACUGCUUUGCAAAUUAUUAAAGAUGUCGUGAAUGAUAAGCAAUCAUCGUUACCGAGGCUACCUUCUUUUGAAAAUAACUCAUUUCCAACCAACAAAAAGAUCUAUGAAUUGAUAGUAAAUGAAAAUGCAAAUAAGCCAAUAAAUACAGAAACUUCUACUGUUAAUGUCGAAGGGAUUCCAUCUUAUCAAUUAAUGACGACUUUUAAGGAUAUUGUUGUAUCUUACUGCAUGCUGAAUGAUAUUUUAUUCUCAACAAUUAAGAACAAGCAUCACCCUGAAUUAGGUCUUCCAUUAUAUAGACUAGAAUCUAAAUCAGGAAAGAAGUACUCGUCGUAUAUUCAAGAUGAUGUUUUAUGGAUAUCUACAAACAUUAAAGAUAAUGAAAAGAGUGACUACCAACCAAUUAGUCUUGAUGAUUUGACUAAGUAUUUCUAA